UCAAUUGUGAAAUUUAAUAUUUUAUUUGACAAUUUCAAAAUUCGCGUCAAUGGCAACGUUCGAUGAGGUUUUCAAAGCGUUUUCGAAAUUCGGCGAUACAAAUUCCGAUGGAAAGACGAUCUCGUUGUCGCAGAGCGACAAAUGGAUGAAACAGGCUGGAAUCUUCGAUAAAGUCAUUACAACUACAGACACGAGCAUCCAUUUCAAGAAGCUGAAAUCGAUGAAACUGAAUCUGGCCGAGUACAAUAAGUUUCUGGACGAUCUGGCACAAACGAAGAAAGUCCCAGUGGACGAGAUCAAGAGUAAGAUGAUGAAGUGUUCGAUUCCGGGACUGUCUGGAGUGGCGGUUCCUGUAAAUUCGGCGGCCGUGGAUCGCCUCACCGACACAUCAAAGUACACCGGGGCGCACAAAGAGCGGUUCGACAGUUCAGGAAAGGGCAAAGGGUUGGCGGGAAGGGAGGACGUGACCGAGAACACCGGCUACGUCGGCGGAUACAAGAACCAAGGCACCUACGGAAAAAAGUGAACGGAAGUGCGAAAUAAAUAUGAAGAGAAAUUGAAAAACGAAAUAAUAAUAAAAAAAAAUGAUAUUGACAUAUAAUU